AUGCCCGCCCUUUCGCCCGACUACAGUGUUUACUUGGUCACGGACUCCACCAUGGUGCCGGAGUCCAGCACCUUUCUUAGGCAGGUCCAAAAAGCCGUGGAAAAUGGCGCCACAAUCGUCCAGCUUCGGGAAAAGAAUAUGCUGACCCAAGCGUUCGUGGCGCAGGCCAGAAGCGUGCUCGAAAUCACCCGCAAGCACGGCGUGCCCUUGAUCAUCAAUGAUCGAAUUGAUGUUGCGUUGGCCAUCGAUGCCGACGGCGUCCAUAUCGGGCAGGACGACAUGCCUGCGGGGCUAGCCCGCAAGCUUCUAGGCCCCGACAAGAUCUUGGGAGUCUCAUGCUCAUCGGAGGCUGAAACUGCACAGGUGUGCUCGGAGGCCGUGGCAGAUUACGUGGGGUUGGGCACUGUCUACGCCACGCAAACGAAAAACACCAAGAGCGUGUGCGGGCCCAUUGGCACGCGCCGAAAAUUGGACGUGUUGCGCAAGCACAACGAGAAAAAUAGGCGCAUAGCGUGUGUGGCCAUUGGCGGCAUCAACCAGGGCAAUGUCGCCAAGGUCUUGUACCAGUGCCAGGUGCCCGGCCAGAAGUUGAACGGCGUUGCGGUGGUCUCUUGCAUUAUGGCGGCGGAAGACGCGGGCACGGCCACGCGGGACUUGGUGCUGAAGUACCAGGGCCGUUUUUCGGCCGACUGGACCGCCGGGUCGCGCCGCCUCGGCGCGUUCCAUGCCAAGCCGCUAGUGCAUCAUAUCACCAACAAUGUGGUGAAGAACUUCAGUGCCAACGUGACUUUGGCCGUGGGAGGGUCGCCCAUCAUGUCGGAGUUGCCCGCCGAGUUCGCCGAGUUUGCUGCGUUGGCCAUUCCCGGAAGUCUAGUGAUGAACUUGGGCACCCCUAAUUUGGAGCUAUUGCAUGUUCUCACUGCUGGGCUCCACACAUACAACUUGCACGGGAAGCCCGUGGUGUUCGACCCGGUGGGGGCCGGUGCGUCCAAGGCUCGGAUGGACGCGUGCCACCGGUUGUUGAGUGCUGGUCAGUUUGCCGUGAUCAAGGGAAACCUCGGGGAAAUCAUGGCCCUCCAGAAACUCGCCCAAAGUGCCUUGCAACCGGACGGAGGAGACUCCGCAGCCACCAUGCAAGGCGUGGACUCCACGGUGGAGAUGAGCGACGAGCAAAUCGCGGCCAUAGCCCUUGCCGUGUCGCAGGAGUACCGUGCUGUGGUGGUUGUCUCUGGGGCCAAGAACACCAUCGCCCAGGCCCCGACUUGCGGCGGCCCGUCGCGCGUGGAAGUGGUGCAGGGGGGCCACCCAAUCAUGGGAUCGGUGACUGGAACCGGCUGCUCCUUAGGAAGCACUAUCGGCUGUUUCGUAGCCUGUGCUAGCCACAGUAGAUGCGGCACCUGGCAGGCUGCUGUGGACGCGGUCAAGUUCUACAACAAGGCAGGCGCACGUGCCGCCAACGCGUGUGGCGGACCUGGGGACUUUAGCAUGAGGUUCUUGGAUGAGUUGGCCCGGGAAGUGAGUGCAUACCAAUAG